ACAAAAAUUCAAUAUUUCUGAAUUAUGAAAAUCUUGGACAGUUUAAACAAUUUUUUAACAAAUUCUAUAUCAUUUUAUAGAUAUAUUUGGAACAGACCCAUAUGUAUUUUUAUAACGUCCUGAGUGGCUACUGAUACAGGCCGGCAACUGAAUAAAUGCCGGGUGCUCAGUUCUUAUUCGUUCCUUUACUGCGUUGUUGUCUCAAUCAGUCUUGUUGGCGAUUUUCAUCACAAGGGUAGUUUUGUGGUAAUUGGUGGAAUUGUGGAAAAAAUUCAUUUAUUUAUAAGGUGCACAACAAUCUCCAUUUAUAUUGAGGUAAGAGAAUAGUUGGAAGAUCAUCUACUGGCAGUCCUUAUCCAAUGGUGGUUCUACGCUUUUUUCCUCGCAGGGCUCUAUUUGAUAAAUUCAUUAUACGAUUUGUUACAAUGUCAUCAUCCAGUACUUCUUCUACAAGCGAUGAGCAGAUGCUGCAAGCUGUCAGGAAGAUAAUACCUGAGUUGACUAAUGCCAAGUACAAAGGUCAGGAUGGGAAGAUAGGAAUAUUUGGUGGAAGUUCUGAGUACACUGGAGCACCAUACUUUGCUGCUAUGAGUGCCCUGAGAACAGGAGCUGAUCUGGUCCAUAUAUUCUGUACUAAGGACGCUGGAGUACCAAUAAAAUCCUUUAGUCCAGAGCCAAUAGUUCAUCCAAUCUUGGACCAACCAAAUGCAAUAAAGAAUAUUAAACCCUGGCUGGAACGUUUUCAUGUAGUUGUGAUAGGUCCAGGCCUCGGACGAGAUGAAAAGGUUUUUGAUGUAAUUGCUGAAUUAAUAGGGGUUUGUCGUGAAGCAAAGAAACCAGCCAUAAUUGAUGCAGAUGGUCUCUUCCUAGUCUGCCAGAGACCUGAUCUGAUCAAGGAUUAUCCAGGGCUUAUACUAACUCCCAAUGCCAUGGAGUUUAGUAGACUAAUGAAGGCCUGCCUGGAAAAAACAAUCGAACCAGCAUCAGAUCCUUUAGUGAGUGACGUGAAGCAGGUAGCUGAGUUUCUUGGCAAAAAUAUAGUAGUUUUACACAAAGCCGCCAAGGACGUGAUAGUUAAUGGUGAAAAGGAUACUGAGGCUGUCGCAUGUGGAGCAGUUGGAUCAGGAAGACGUUGUGGAGGUCAGGGUGAUCUUCUUGCUGGAUCACUUGGAGUCUUUUGGUGGUGGGCUUUAGCUGCUGGACCUACUAAGUGCGCAGUAUCUCCUGCAUUAUUAGCUGCUUACGCAGCAUGCAGACUUAUCAGGGAGUCGAAUGCAGCUACUUUCAAAAUUAAACAACGCGGGAUGCUAGCUACCGAUAUGCUUGAACAAAUUCAGCCUGUCUUCCAUCGCCUCUAUGAAACCCAUGCAAAAUAAGAAUUUUUAUCUUUCAAGAAAAAAUAACCAAUGUGAUAUUGAAGGUAUAUAUAAUAAAUACUGCAUUUAUUUAA